UAAAGCUAAACCCUGCCCUUGCUAUAAUAAUAGACUUCACAAUAAAACCUUUCCUCUUUUCAACCUUUUUCUGAUUUCUGCCGAUAUCACGAAGAAGUUCAAUAUGGCGUUCCGCGUGGAGAACAUGUCCUUCAAGCAAGGCCAGGAGCUGAGAAUCACAGCGAGGUCAACCCCUGGAGCCUCUCAAUUCUCCAUCAACAUCGGCCACAACAGCGACAACUUCGCCCUCCACUUUAACCCUCGGUUCAGCAGCGAAAAAAUUGUCCUUAAUUCUCUAUCAGGAGGUAGCUGGGGCGACGAAAACCAUGAGAUGCACUUCCCCUUCCAGACGGGAGAGGAGUUCAAGCUGGCCAUCAACUUCACCAAUGAGCAGUUCUACAUCAAGUUGCCAGACGGUCACAUGAUUGACUUCCCCAAUCGCCUUGGUGACUGCAAGUACAACCAGUUCAUGGUCGAUGGAGAUGUCAAAAUCGUCAGCAUCAAGGUCAAAUAGAGGUCAACCCCUGGCAAUUCUCAAUACACCUGUGAAUGUAUUUCAUACUAACUCAGCGCUUGCAUAGAGUGUUGUGUGGUUGGAUUAAUUAAAAUAACACAAGGGGGCGCCACUCCCGUGUGUACUUCUGGAGAGACGGACCAUUCCAGACAUUCCCAAUAAAAUCACUGUGAACUCAAACAAUG